UACGCCUCCAGGUUGAUUUGAUACGUUGCCCCAAGUCAUCCUGCUCCGCUUCUUCGCUUCUCAAAAAUAAAAUCAGCGAAACCCUAACCAUUUGAAGAAGAAGAGCACGUAAUAAAAAAAAUGGUGUUCUACUUCAAAGCCAGACCAGAGGUAGGAGAUUACACCAUUUUUAUGGGUCUCGAUAAGUACGAGAAUGAAGAACUUAUUAGAUAUGGCUUCCCUGAAGAUAUUUGGUUUCACGUGGAUAAAAUGUCGUCUGCACAUGUUUAUCUAAGACUUAACAAAGGCCAGACAAUUGAUGAUAUAAGUGAAGGCUUGCUUGAGGAUUGUGCUCAGCUUGUCAAAGCUAAUUCAAUCCAAGGAAACAAAGUGAACAGCAUUGAUGUUGUUUACACUCCAUGGGCCAAUUUAAAGAAAACUGCUUCCAUGGAUGUUGGUCAAGUUGGUUUCCAUAAUCCAAAGAUGGUUCGAACUGUGAGAGUGGACAAGCGGAUCAAUGAGGUAGUUAAUAGAUUGAACAGAACAAAAGUUGAAAGAAAGCCUGAUUUGAAAGCUGAGAGAGAGGCAGUCAAUGCUGCAGAAAGAGCAGAGAGAAAGGUGCUGCUGAGAGAUAAAAAACGUCGAGAGGAACUGGAUAGGCUUGAAAAGGAGAAACAGGCAGAAGUAAGGAGCUACAAAGGUUUGAUGGUGUCUGAAAAGAUGACAUCUAACAAGCAGAUUGCCUCUGAAAGUAAGUCGUUGCAGGAGCUGGAAGAUGAUUUUAUGUAAAGCACCAACGUUGUGCGAAAUUUGGUGCUCCUUGAAGGAAAGGAGAGAGUCUAUCUCUGUCAUUCAGUUUGUAACUCUAGACAAGAAGUUGUUCUCCCUUGUACAAAUAAUAUCACCUCAAAUUCAUGCCUGCAGUUCUACGAUAUUGGUAAGAAAAAUUCAGAAAAGAAAUGUCUAAUGCCCGCGCAAAAGGGAGUGAGUGGACUGGGUGAAAUGACUUUUUUUUUACAGUUGCCGUAAAUUUAAUCCAAUGUUGUCGAUGAUGAUGAUGAUGAUGAUGCUGAUGAUAAAUAUGAUUGGAACUUGAUCAUUGAUGUGUGGUACAAUCCUGUUUUUGCAAUUACAGUAAGGCGUAGUGCUCCGAUAUCAGAAUUUGAGCUUUCUGAUGUCUAUUCUUUA